AUGUCCGACGAUUUGUGCGCUUCACAAGCCAAGUACAUCGAAGAACAGGAGCAAAAGAUCAGGGCGCUUGAAAACACCAUCGCCGAGAAGGAUAACCAGCUCGCUCAGAAGGAUGAGAAACGCAAGUCGACUCUUGACAAUAGGGUUGGACUGCUUGAGGCGAAGUUCGAGGGCCUAGAAUCGAAGCAAAUAACACUCCAGGGGCAACUUGACACGGUCCGAACCGAGCGGACCAUUCUACAGACAAACCGGGACAUUCUCCAAGGAAAAUCUGAACAGCUUGAGGUACAAGUCAAGGCCCUAGAAGCGGAGCAGGCAACACUCCAGGGGCAGCUUGGCAUGGUCCGAACCGAGAGGACAAUUCUACAGACCAAUUGCGACACUCUCCAGGGGCAGCUUGACACAGUCCGAACCGAGAGGACGAGUCUGCAGACAAGCCACGACACUCUCCAAGACAAAGCUAAAAAGCUCGAGGAUGAACUCAAGGCUGUGAAAGAGUCAAGAAACUCGCUGAUAAGCAGUUACGCAGAAUUGACUGGAGCGUAUACUGAGCUCUUAGAAUUGUAG